CCGACGACGCUUCAUCGGUCUCCAGUCGCUACGCCUUCCUACCGCUUUGAUGCGCCGACCGACCCAGCAUGUCGAGAAUUGAUAAGCUCUCCAUUUCGGGCGUCCGGUCCUUUAGCCCGGCCGUCCGCGAGGCCAUCCAGUUCAACACCCCGCUGACCCUCAUUGUCGGCUACAAUGGCUCUGGCAAGACGACCAUCAUUGAAUGCCUCAAGUAUGCCACCACGGGGGAGCUGCCGCCGAACAGCAAGGGCGGCGCUUUCAUACACGACCCCAAGCUAUGUGGUGAAAAGGAAGUCAUGGCGCAGGUCAAACUGCAGUUCCGAUCGAUCAACGACCGCCAGCAUGUCGCGACGCGAAGUAUGCAGCUCACCGUCAAGAAGACCACGCGCUCCCAAAAGACACUCGACUGCUCCCUCGUAGUCGUCAACAAUGGCGAACGCACGACGACCUCCACGAGACAGGCUCAGCUGGACGAGAUGAUCCCCGAGCGCCUUGGCGUCUCCCCGGCAAUCCUAGACGCCGUAAUAUUCUGUCACCAAGACGAGUCGCUUUGGCCCCUGAGCGAGCCCGCCGCCCUGAAGAAGCGGUUCGACGAAAUCUUUGAGGCUUUGAAAUACACCAAGGCCAUUGACAACCUCAAGGUGCUUCGCAAGAAGCAAAUGGAACAACUGGGCAAGCUGCAAAACGACGAGGCGCACAACAAGGUCAACAAAGAUCGCGGAGAACGUGCCGAGAAGCGCAUGACUGGCCUUCAAGCAGAGAUCGAGGAAGCUCGCGACAAAUGCGAAACCCUUUCCUCGGAGAUGCAGGACACGCAAGACAAGAUCAAGCAAAAGCAUGAACAAGCAAACAGCUUCCUGCAGAUUGUCCAGAACCUCAGCAACAAGAGGGAACAACUCGAGUAUCGCCAGGAUGCCGUCAACGAACUCAAGCAAACGUUUGACGAGCUUCGCGAGGACGAUGCGUCCCUCGAGGACUCAUUGGCUCAGUACGAGGAGAGCAUGCAACGGCAGAGAGAUGAGGAGCAGCAAAACAGGACGCAAUACAAUGACCUGCAACGAGAGUUGGCUGAGUCCCGCAAGAGCUUGUCGACGAAACUGUCCGAGCAGGGCAAGCAUCAAUCUGACAAGGACAAAUACGAAAGGCAGCUGAAAGCUCGCGUGGACAUGGUCCAGGACGCCGCUCAGACCCACGGCCUCAGGGGGUACGACGGAGACUUGACGGAGCAGGACGUCAAAUCGUUCAACGACAAGAUUCAAAAGCUCCUCGCCGACAGAAAGCGUGACCUCGAGCGUCUUCAAAAAGAGAACGCGGCAGAGCUCGACAAGGCUACCGGCCAGAUCACAGAUCUGGAAGGGCGCAAGGCAGCUAGAUUACAAGACCGCGUCUCUGCCAAGCAAAGGAUGAGCGCCAUAGACAAGCGAACGCUAAUACUACAGAAAGAGGCCAGCCUAAUAAAUGUCGACGAAGGGGCCAAGGCAAUCCUGGAUGGACAACUGGAGGAAGUCGGGACUAAGCUGCAGCGCGCACAACAAGAUUUUGAAAAGGCCAACUGGGAUAAACAGAUUGGUGUCGAGAACGACAACUUGUGGCAACUGGAAAAGGAAAAUGAGAAGCUCGGCCACGAACUGGUGGAAUGCACCCGUCUUGCCUCAGAAAGGGCCCAGCUCGACUUCAGAAAGAAGGAAGUGGCUGAUCGGAAGCGCAAGCUGGAGACUUUGGCGAGUACAUGGAGACCGAAAAUCUCGGCCGUUGUCGGCGACGACUGGGAGCCCGAAACCUUGGAGCCCAAGUUCCAGUCGUUGCUUGCAAAGCAAAACAAGAGCCUGCAGGAUGCGCGGAGAAAACGUGACCAAGCCCGGGAAAAGCAGCAAAAGGUCGAGUACCGGCUCAAGACGGCAAAGGAGGCUCAGGACACCAAAUCCCAUGACGCAACCGAACGCAAGCAAGAGGUUCUUACCGCCCUCCGAAAAGUUCGUGACGGAGCGGUCAUUGAAGACUUUAGCGAGGAGGUCACUGCAGUGGAGCAGCAAGUCGAAGAUCUCAGGAACGAGCUGAGUCUCUUCGACGCACUCGUUGACUACUAUAGCAAGUGCAAGCGAAUGCUCGAGACCAAGAAGCGAUGUCUAUUGUGCGAUCGGCAUUUUGACGACUCGCAAAGUGCAAGCCUCGACCGCUUGAGCAAGAAAAUUGACAAGCACCUGGAUCCCAAGGGAAGGGGUGAGGUGCAGACGGACUACAAAGAGGCCCUGGCGAGCCUCGAAUCGCUGCGUGCGGUUCGGGCUUCAUAUGACACCUACGAGAGAUUGUCCACAGAAGUGCCUAAGGUUCGAGAUGAGUACAAAGCGAUUCAAGCCGAGCACGACGCAUUGGAGCGCCUGGUGGAAGAGCUCGAGUCUGCCGUCUCUGGCGAAGAGGAGAAGCAGAGGGACAUGGAAGAGCUGUCCAAGACAGUCACCAGCAUCUCACAAACUAUCAAGGACAUACAGGAAUCCGAGGGCCAAGUGGAGCGGAUCAUGUCUCAGCAGUCGGCUGGCUCCGUGUCCCGAAGCGCUGAGGAAAUCCAUGAGGCCCAAGCCGCCAUCGCAGAGCAGAUGAGGGGGCUGAAAAGCCGGAUAGCAAAGCUCACAAGCGACAGGCAGCGAAUGAAGGACCAGAUGAACGGCCUCGAGCUGGAGCGGAGCGAGCUAAACAACAAGAUAGGUCGUGCGGCGGGACAGCUCGAGAAGAAGAAGGAUUUGCUGGGACAGAUUCAGUCACUCAAGGAUGAUCAUUCGGCUCAGCGAGAGAUUAUCCAACGAGCAGAUGGGGAUCUGGAGAAGCUAGAGCCGAGCAUCACCGAGGCGCGGUCAGUGCGUGAUGAGACCUUGCGGCACGGCCGUCAAAAAGAGCAGGUCAUCAUCGACGAGCGAGACGCCAUUGCCAACUCUGUCAGCGAGAUCAAGAUGCUGGACAGCGACAUCGCAGACUAUAUUGACAGAGGCGGUCCGUCAAACCUGGCCUCGAAUCAACGGGCCAUAGCAGCUCUGGAGAAGUCCAUCAGCAACACAGAAAAGGACAUUACUGAUGUAACGGUGCGGACAAACAAGCUCAAGCAGGACAUCGCCAACGGAGACCGCAAGAAGAAGAACAUCAGUGACAACCUCAACUACCGCAAGCACCUGCGCACGCUCGAGGUGCUGCGCAAGGACAUUGCCGAGCUGGAAGAUCGCAACGCGCACGAGGACUAUGAGAGGCUGCAGGCUGAAGCGCGAUCGUUGGAGAAUCACUCGAAUCGGUUGUUCGCGGAGCGAGGCUCCGUCAUGGGGACCAUGAAGACCAAGGACGAGGAACUCGGCAGACUGCUGCAGGAAUGGGAAAUGGACUACAAGGACGCCAAGCAAAAGUAUCGCGAGUCGCACAUCCGGGUCGAGACAACCAAGGCGGCGAUUGAGGAUCUCGCACAGUGCGGCGCCGCCGUGGACAAGGCCGUGAUGCAGUUCCACUCGCUCAAGAUGGCCGAGGUGAACCGGAUCGCGGGCGAGCUCUGGCAGAGCACCUACCAGGGCACCGACAUCGACACCAUCCUGAUCCGGUCCGACAACGAGUCCAGCACAGGCAAGCGCAACUACAACUACCGGCUGUGCAUGGUCAAGCAGGACACGGAGAUGGACAUGCGCGGGCGCUGCUCGGCCGGGCAGAAGGUGCUGGCCAGCAUCAUCAUCCGGCUGGCCCUGGCCGAGUCGUUUGGCGUCAACUGCGGCCUCAUCGCCCUCGACGAGCCCACGACGAACCUCGACCGCGACAACAUCAAGAGCCUCGCCGAGAGCCUGCACAUGAUCAUCAAGGCGCGCCAGGCGCAGAGCAACUUCCAGCUCAUCGUCAUCACGCACGACGAGGACUUUUUGCGGCACAUGCGCUGCAGCGACUUUUGCGACAGCUUCUUCCGGGUCAAGCGCGACGAGAGGCAGAAUAGCGUCAUUGUGCGCGAGAGCAUCACCAAGAUUUUCUGAGCGAGAUCCCAUGACGACGGUCGUCGGUCGGUCAGUGGUGUCAUCAUGUGCCAUCCAUACCUCCAUUGCCCCUCAGCACUGUGGCUGUCUCCAUCUGGCCAGAUCAACCUGCACCCUAUUUGCUUGUACAUGGAACAUAUGUAUUAGUUAGCUUUGAGCUGGAGUUGGAACAUGUUUGCACUGCGUCGGCGCGGUCACGGUGUAAUUUUACCACCACAUCAAGUCCAUCAUCACAAGAAAUAUUUAUCGGGCGGUCUCAUGGGUGCCACUUUCCGGG